AAUAAAAAAAGAAUUAUAUUAUUCCCAUUUGAAGAACGUUAUAUACUACUGAAUUAUCUAAGAAAUAGCACAAUAGAAAACUUAUCGAACAUGUCAAAUAGUAAAAAUAAACCUGAAUCUCAAGAAGUAUCAGAAAAAAGUGAAAAAGAUUCUGAUUCACAAAAUGUGAACAAGCUUUCUUCAGCUGAAUCUGAAAAAUAUUGUACAGUCUGUAAAUCUGUAAUAAUAGGAAAAAUGGUGUCAGCCUUGGGAAAAUUGUAUCACCCCCAGCAUUUUGUCUGUUGUCAUUGUAAAAUGGAACUGUCAGAUAAAUUCAUGGAAAAGGAAGGUAAAAUAUAUUGCGAAAAAGAUUAUCACAAUAUUUACACGCCUAAAUGUGCCAGAUGUGAAAAUCCAAUUCUUGAGAAAUGUGUUACAGCUUUGGAUAAAUUAUGGCAUCCAGAACACUUCCAAUGCGAAGAAUGUGGACAACAGUUUGGUGAAAAUACCGGAUUUCAUGAAAAAGAUGUUUUAACUGUUUCUGUCCUGUGUGCAUUAAGAGGACUUAGGUAGACCUUUAGUGGUAAUGGCCGGUUGUGACUGAAGAAGUUCGACAUAUUCUGUACAACCUAUCCAUAAAUUCUUUGAACCGAUCCGAAUUCGUGACUUGAUCAUCAGAAUAGCAGAUAGGAGCUUUUACUAUCUUAGCCAUUUGACUAGUCGUUGGCUAGAAUUUUAAUUUUUUUAAUCAACGAUUUACAUUCUAACUAAUAAAUUGAAUAUCUGCAAUUAUAAUUUUGAUAUAUAUUUAGAUUGAUUAAUGGAAUAAGACAACGUUACAUGAUGGACGAUCAGCCAAAGGAGGAUGCCUUCCGGAAAAACAUCUAUCAGAAAUUGACCCCUAUUUAGGUGUUACACGUAAAGAAAACCCGAAAAAUUCCAGUGACCAACCCGUUGAUCAUGCAUGAAACCGCGACCAACUACCAAUGUUCAGUGGUUGUAUAAAC